AUGCCAGAAAUGGAAGCAACUAAAGGGAAGAUUGACCUCUUCAUGAAUGACUGGCAAACAAUGGAGUCAGAAAUCAAGCAGACACCUCUAGUUCAGGUUGCUGAUUUAGAGAUUGCUGAGCAAACUCCAGAAAGUCUGCUUAGUCAAAUUAUCCUGGCUAUGGAAGAACCUUUUAAAUAUCGUGGUUGGGAGUUAUCAAAUGAAGACUUAGAUGAGGAAGCAGAAGACCUGGCUGCUGAAGCGGAAGCUGUAGAAGAUAAUGAAGCUGAGGAAGAGGAAAAUGAAGAAGAUGAAGAAAAAGCUAAGGAAAAGAAAAGACGCAUGGGAGACACGAAACACUUCUGCCCAGUCAGUCUGAAAGAGGAUUAUGUCCUUUAUCCAGGACUGCCCGAACAUGCAGUGAAAUAUCAAGAAAAGAUUUAUUAUUUUUCAAAUCCGGAGUACAUAGAUCAAUUUCUGAAGAACCCUGAGGAGUAUGUGGCUCACAAUGAACCAUUGCAAGCUCCUCCCUUAAGGGUGUGUUUGCUGGGGGUACAUGGAGCAGGUAAAACUGCUUGUGCACGAUGGCUAGCAGACAAAUUUGGAAUUUUCCAUAUUCAGUUUAAAGAAUAUCUGCAAGAACUGCUCUUACCCAAAACUAAAGAGAAAAUUGGGCUUGAUUUUGUUGAAGAACCUGAAGAAGACGAUUAUGAAAUUCAGUUACAAGAACUGCAAGGCUUACCUCAGACCACAACUGAAACUGAAGAUGAAGAAAGCAAACAGGAAGUGGAGUUUACUGAUGAGGAAGAAGCUAUCAAAGCAAGUCUAAUGGAUGCUCAGCCACUACCUCCAGAAAUACUUGACAACAUUGUUCCUGACUGGUGGAAGAAAGAGCCAUUCCGGUCCACAGGAUUUAUACUAGACGGUUUCCCUCGUACCCCAGAUGAAGCCCAGUAUUUGUCAGAACAAGGGCUCUGUCCUGAUAUUGCCAUUUAUAUUCGCAUAGAAGAAAGUGAUGAUUUAGAAGAUGGGGAAAAUGAUGAAGGCAGUGAGGAGGAAGAUGAGACUGCAAAUGAAGACAUUGAAGCUAUACUUGAAGAGGAGUUUUUUGAAGAAGAAGAAGAAGAGCCUGAAGAAGAACAGGAGGCUGAUGCUAUUGAGCGCAUGCAAAAUGAGAUUCUAGAAAGGUUUGAGUCAGAAAGAGGCGGCAUAGAAGGUGUACAGGAAGAACUUGAAAAAAUCUCAAUACCGCUAGCAGAGAUCAAUGGAAGUCGGAAGCUUCGCAUAGUACGCUACCAGGUUUAUUGCAAGCUGAAUCCUUUAGUGGAAAAUCGUAGGAGCAUUUUUGAGAAAUGUUACCCAAUAAGUUUGCCUCUUGCACAGAAGAUGCUGGUUUUCUCAUAUAAAUUUCCAAGUUCUUUUGGUCAGUGGGAUCCAGUCAAGCUAAAGGAAGGAGAGAUAAUCAAGCCAGCACAAAACUAUGAAAACACCCUCUUUCCUGUAAUUCACCGUCAGUAUGUUUAUUUUUUUUCAAGUAAAAAAAACAGAGAAAUAUUUAUGAACGAUCCCAUCAAAUAUAUUUGUCAGCCAAAGCCUAAACCACCUCUGCCAGUUAAGAUUGCAAUCGUGGGGCCUCCAAAAUCUGGGAAGACUACAGUUGCCAAGAAAUUUGAAAGUGCAUAUGGGCUACGGAGGCUGAGUAUGGGAGAUGCCAUACGGUUCGUGUUAAACAAUCAGCCAGAGAGUGAGCUUGGGCUUCAGUUAAACUGGCAUCUUCACAGAGGGCUGACCGUACCUGAUGAACUGGCCAUCCAGGCCCUAGAUGUGGCUCUGCUGGAUCAAGUGUGUUCUACCACUGGAGUUGUUAUUGAUGGAUAUCCUGUAACAAAAAAACAAGUAAACCUCUUGGAAUCAGCUAGAAUUAUUCCUGUGAAAAUCAUUGAGUUAGAAAUGGAUGCAAAGGAGGUGUUCAGAAGAGCUCUGCUGGAUAAAGAAAGCACAGAUAGACCUUCCUACCCUGUACAUGACAGCCCACAGAUUCUAGCGAUUAAAAAUUCCUACUAUAGGCAACAUAUUGAUGCAAUUAGAACGUAUUAUAACAAGGAGCGUCAGAACUGGUGUGUGAUUGAUGCCUCUCAGAGCAAGUGGUGGAUAUGGGACAAAGUUCUGCAGGAAGUUCAAGGGAUUGUUAAAGAAAUCCAGAUAUACCUGGAAAGAGUAAGAGAAGGAAAAGCAGCCAGCAUUGCUGAUUUAUGCAUCACCCCUGAAGAGCUGCAGUAUCGGCUGGGAGAGUUUGAACAGUACUGUCCUGUCAGCCUUGCAGACAAGGGUGAGCUGGUUGACUGCUCUGUAACAUCAUCACUGCAGUUUGCUGCAGAGUUUCGAGCUCACUAUUACAAAAUGGCUUCACAGGAAGAACUGGAUAAAUUCUUGAACAGACCAGAGAUUUAUGUGCCACCACUGGCACCUCGCCCUCUUCCACCUCAAAAUAAGCUACCACAAAAACUGACAGCAGCAGAAGUGAAGGCCUUAUUCCCUAAAAGUGCUGAAAUGCAGGGAUACUGUCCAGUCACUUACCUAGAUGGAAAACAGAGGUAUGAAUCUUUGGUGCCUGGCAACAAUGAGUAUGCUGCAAAAUACCAAGAUAAGCUGUAUGUUUUUGAAAGCGAAGAAAAACUUCUGAAGUUUAUGAGGUUACCAGAGAAGUAUUGGAAUCUGAAGCUUCCAAAUAAGCUCCCCCCAGUAAGGGAGCCAAUAUUACUCACUGCACUUCCCAUGGCUGGAUACCUUGAGCAGGGAGUAGCAACGUCUCUAAUAAAAGCUCUGAAUGAAGUAGGAUGCUUGAAGCCAAAGUUCCCAUUCCUAAGUGUAAGAAGAACUGCUCUACUUUUUGUGGCCUGCCAUCUAAAAGCCCAGCUCUUCUAGUAUAAUUACGUCCAUGCUCAGAAUGCUUUGCUUAUAUGUUGUACCAUUAAAUCAGAUGAUGAAGUGAAAAGGUUAUGCAAGUGCAACAAACCUCUUCUCACGCACUUAUACUUCGACCACAGGAAUCCAGGAAAACAGGUUUUCCUCUUCUAAGACUGUGCAGAACUGCUUCAAACUUUGAAGAUGUUGUGUUCUGGUACACUGAAAAACCUCCUUUGCAAAUAUAGCAUUACUUACUGAGGACUCA